UAUAGUACGUGUAGAUCUUCUGCCACGUGGCCACACAACCGUACGCCACGCAAAAUUAAUAAAGAAACAAAAAAAAACCUUUAUUUCGCCUCUUUGCAUUCGAAAUCCAAAUUAAAUAAUUUACUUUAAGAGGUAAAAAAUAAAAUCGCAUCAGAAUAACACACAUUCAUAGUGCCAAUCGCAGUGUUCCAUUAAAAUCACCUCCAAAAAAGCACCAAAAAUUCCUGUUAGACUCAAAACCCCACAAAAAAAUAUAGCACAAAACAAAACUCCAGUAUUUUGUUCUUUACUAUAAAUCUUUGUCAGAUCAGAAAAAAUAAAAAAAAAAAUUUAUGUCCGAUUUAUUUGUCCGCCAUGGCUGAACUUGAACCACACGCGCCGUCGAAGGGCCUCAACAGGCCGUGUAUUCUACUCAUUACAAUAUCUGGGAUGGAGAGGUUUGCGUUCAAAGGGGUGGCGUCGAAUCUGGUGACGUAUCUGACUGACGUCAUGGGGAUGAGCAACUCGUCCGCCGCCAAAUUCGUGAACAGCUGGGUAGGGUUCACGUCGAUGUUGCCGCUGGUAAUAGCGACUCUUGCGGAUUCCUAUUGGGACCGACAUAACACGAUUUUAGCAUCUUCAGUGCUAUAUUCUGCGGGGCUAUUAGCUCUGACUUCGACAGCCGUUCGGUGGCCGUGGGCCCCACCACGGCACAAUACGCAUUCUGUCUCGUCUCUGUCGUGGUCCCUCUACAUGAUUUCCCUAGGCCAGGCUGGCUACAACCCUUCCCUUCAGGCUUUCGGCGCCGACCAGCUCGAAAAAAACGAGGAAAACGAUGACGAGUUGCCGGUUUCCAACACGUUAGACGAGGACAGGACAAAAGGCGGCGACUCGGAUAGAAAAAGCAAGUUCUUCCAGUGGUGGUAUUUCGGCAUAUGUUGCGGGAGCCUUUUGGGAGUCUCGGUUAUGUCGUACGUUCAGGACAACCUCGGAUGGGGGCUCGGAUUUGCUAUCCCCACUCUCUCCAUGCUCGUCUCCAUCGUUCUUUUCUCGUGCGGAAACCGAUUAUACGUUCGCAAGCGGAGUGGAAUUGCUAACGCCAGGUCGUUCGAGGUUGUCGUGCGUGCGGUCAAGGCGGCCGUGUCGAAGAUUGUCAACGGCGGUGGGACCCGCCAGCCUGGCGACAGCGACUAUGCAAUAGUCGAGUUGGAGCUCCAAGAGCAGGCCGCCCUUUGCGACCCGGACCCGCCAAACCCGGCCCGCUUACCCCCUCUCGAGGCCUUACGGGCCGUUCUCCGACUUCUCCCGAUUUGGACGACCCUACUCGUAUUCGCCGUCGUUUUCCAACAACCGGCGACUUUCUUCACGAAGCAAGGCUCGGCCAUGAACCGAGCAAUCGGCGGGACCCACUUCGAAAUCCCUCCCGCGGCCCUUCAAGGCUCGAUUACUAUUUCAAUCAUUCUUCUCAUGCCGCUCUAUGAUCGGGCCUUCAUCCCCCUUAUUCGGGCCCUGACGUGCGACCCGAACGGUGGGAUCUCGGUCGAGCGGAGGAUCGGGAUCGGCAUGUUUCUAUCCGUGGUCGCGAUGGUUGUUGCCGCGAUAACUGAGCGAAAACGCCGGCUCGCCGGAAAUAACUUGCCGAGCAUAUUCUGGCUUUUGCCGCAGUACGUGCUUUUGGGAAUUUCAGACAUAUUCACGGUUGUUGGGAUGCAGGAGUUUUUCUACUCCGAGGUGCCGGCCGGGAUGCGUACGGUGGGGAUCGCGCUCUACACGAGCGUUUUCGGGGUCGGGGGAUUCUUGAGUGCGGUGCUCAUAUCGGUGAUCGAGAGGCUCACGACUGAGUGGUUCGUGGAUGACAUGGCGAAGGCGCGGCUCGACAAGUACUAUUGGUUUCUAGCGGGCGCGAGUGCGGUUAGCUUGUUGGCGUUUGUAGGGCUUUGCAGGUGGUUUAGGGGGCACAACUUAGGUUUGUGAUUGUGGUUCUUUAUUUUAGUUGGAAAUUUGGAAUGGUUUGAGCCUCUUUUAAGAAAAUAUAGUUUGAAAGGGGAAAAAAUGAUUUUCCUAAUCAAUGAUGAGGUCGUGAGAUUGAUUGGUUUCACUUGAGAAUUGGAUUUGUAAUACAAGUAAUGUGUGUGUUUUAAUGGAAGAUAUGAGUCGACUCGAUUCACAUUUAACGGUUGAAGACUGUAG